UAGAGCAAAGUAGAAGGAAGAGCAGAAGGAAAUGCUAAGGUGCAGACCACCUCUAUCGCUGGCGCUGAGGAUGCUGUCAUCAUCUUCCCAUACCUCUAACCCCAACCCUAUAUUCCAUCUUCCCUGCACUUCUCGACCAACCUCUGGUCUUCCCCUCAAGGCUCGUCUCUCUAAUUCUUGCAGUUCCGAUCGGAGGAUGACGCUGUCCAAGUGCUUCACUGGGGCCGCGGCUGACCCGAUUCCCGUCUCGUCUUCGGGCAAACCCCAUUGUUGCCAGAACCCCGAGGAACCCGACUCGGACUCACUCGUGGUCGUCUCUUUUUACAGGUUUGCUGACUUUCCAGACCAUGCUGAUUUGCGUAAACCCUUGAAGAAACUUUGCGAGGACCUGCGUGUUUCAGGUGGCAUCAUUCUUGCCCCUGAAGGGAUCAAUGGUAGCAUUUGUGGCACACGGGAAUCGGUGGAAAGAGUCCUAGGAUUCAUUCAAACUGAUGACCGCUUAAAAGGGUUAAGGCAGAUAGAGUCACCGGUUAGUCCUGAGCAGGAAGCUAUCCAUCAUGGACACUCUACUAGUUCUCCUCUUGCAGCAGGUGAGGAUGCACCCUUUCGGUGGGACCAUGUGAGAGUGAAGUUGAAGAAAGAGAUUGUUACUCUUGGAAUGCCAGAAGUAUCACCCAUUGAAAAGGUUGGAAAGUAUGUCAGCCCAAAGGAUUGGAAUGCUUUGAUCAGUGAUCCAGAUACUGUGGUAAUUGAUGUUCGCAAUAAUUAUGAAACUAGAAUUGGGAUGUUCAAAGGAGCAGUGGAUCCAUGUACCACGGCAUUUCGUGAGUUCCCACCUUGGGUGGAGGACCAGUUCCGACUUGAUGGUUCAGAACUGGAGCAUGCAAACAUGGAGAAGAAAGGAUUGGAUGAAAGCAUCAAUAAAGAUGCAGAGAUUCCAAAACAAAAAAUGCCAAAGCGGGUUGCAAUGUAUUGCACAGGAGGAAUUCGAUGCGAGAAAGCUUCGAGUUUUCUGCUCAACAAAGGUUUUGAGGAGGUCUAUCAUUUGAAAGGUGGGAUUUUAAAAUACCUGGAGGAAGUUCCCAAAACAGAGAGUCUGUGGGAGGGGGAGUGCUUUGUGUUUGACAAGCGGGUCUCUGUUGAGCACGGUCUAGUACAAGGAAAUUUCAAGCUUUGCUAUGGGUGUAAGCAACCUGUUAGUGAUGCUGACAUGGAAGCACCAGAGUGGGAGUAUGGGGUUUCUUGUCCCCACUGUUUCUUGUCGAAGUCCGAAGAGGAGAAAGAGAGAGCAAGAGCACGACAGAGGCAAUUUGAGACGUGGGGCAUUAUUGGUGGUCUGGAUAAGGGCCGGCGACCUGCAUCAAAGCCGGAUAGUAUAAAGAGGAACCAAACCAAGCUUUCAUCUUCAGUUUAAGGUAGUCAGCAGAUGAUCAAUUAGUGAUGUAAGAGUCCGUUUUGACUCUGAAGGUUUUAGAUAGGAAUUAGUGAUUGGAGAUGUCCAACACAGUUUUGUACUGAGCUUGUAGACAGGAAGCUUGUUAGGUCAAAAUGAGGAAAUGGGACUCUGUUUCAAACUUGUUGAAGUUGGUUUUGUGUGCCAUUUUGAUUCAGACUCCAUUAAUGUAUCUUGUAAGAAUGUCAAUUACUAACUGUGUGACCAAGACUUUCAUUGGUUGCAAGUCUUGUGUCCAUGGAGAGCUGCUGUGUUUGAGCUU